UCCGGGCGAUGCCAGAAUAGAUGCCGGGGCAAUGUCCCGCCGCAAACAGGGCAACCCGCAGCACUUGUCCCAGAGGGAGCUCAUCACCCCAGAGGCUGACCCCGUGGAGGCCGCCAUCCUCGAGGAAGAUGAGGGGCUGGAGAUAGAGGAGCCCAGCGGCCUGGGGCUGAUGGUGGGUGGCCCCGACCCUGACCUGCUCACCUGUGGACAGUGUCAGAUGAACUUCCCCCUGGGGGACAUCCUGGUUUUCAUAGAGCACAAGAAGAAGCAGUGUGGCGGCAGCUUGGGUGCCUGCUAUGACAAAGGCCUGGACAAGGGCAGUCCGCCGCCCUCCUCGCGCUCCGAGCUCAGGAAAGUGUCCGAGCCCGUGGAGAUCGGGAUCCAGGUCACCCCCGACGAAGACGACCACCUGCUGUCGCCCACGAAAGGCAUCUGCCCCAAGCAGGAGAACACUGCAGGUAAAGAUGAGCCUUCCAGCUACAUUUGCACAACAUGCAAGCAGCCCUUCAACAGCGCGUGGUUCCUGCUGCAGCACGCGCAGAACACGCACGGAUUCCGCAUCUACCUGGAGCCCGGCCCGGCCAGCAGCUCGCUCACGCCGCGGCUCACCAUCCCGCCGCCGCUGGGGCCCGAGGCCGUGGCCCAGUCGCCGCUCAUGAAUUUCCUGGGCGACAGCAACCCCUUCAACCUGCUGCGCAUGACGGGCCCCAUCCUGCGGGACCACCCGGGCUUCGGGGAGGGCCGCCUGCCGGGCACGCCGCCCCUCUUCAGCCCGCCGCCGCGCCACCACCUGGACCCGCACCGCCUCAGUGCCGAGGAGAUGGGGCUCGUCGCCCAGCACCCCAGUGCCUUCGACCGAGUCAUGCGCCUGAACCCCAUGGCCAUCGACUCCCCCGCCAUGGACUUCUCGCGGCGGCUCCGCGAGCUGGCGGGCAACAGCUCCACGCCGCCGCCGGUGUCGCCGGGCCGCGGCAACCCUAUGCACCGGCUCCUGAACCCCUUCCAGCCCAGCCCCAAGUCCCCGUUCCUGAGCACGCCCCCGCUGCCGCCCAUGCCCCCGGGCGGGACGCCGCCGCCCCAGCCGCCCGCCAAGAGCAAGUCGUGCGAGUUCUGCGGCAAGACCUUCAAGUUCCAGAGCAACCUGAUCGUGCACCGGCGCAGCCACACGGGCGAGAAGCCCUACAAGUGCCAGCUGUGCGACCACGCGUGCUCGCAGGCGAGCAAGCUCAAGCGCCACAUGAAGACGCACAUGCACAAGGCGGGCUCGCUGGCCGGCCGCUCCGACGACGGGCUCUCGGCCGCCAGCUCCCCCGAGCCGGGCACCAGCGAGCUGGCGGGCGAGGGCCUCAAGGCGGGCGACGGCGAGUUCCGGCACCACGAGAGCGACCCGUCGCUGGGCCCCGAGCCCGACGAGGAGGACGAGGACGAGGAGGAGGACGAGGAGGAGCUGCUGCUGGAGAACGAGAGCCGGCCCGAGUCGAGCUUCAGCAUGGACUCGGAGCUCAGCCGCAGCCGCGAGAACGGCGGCGGGGUGCCCGGGGCGGGCGGGCCGGGCGCGGGCGGCGCGGCCAAGGCGCUGGCCGACGAGAAGGCGCUGGUGCUCGGCAAGGUCAUGGAGAGCGCGGGGCUGGGCGCGCUGCCGCCCUACGGCGAGCUGCUGGCCGACAAGCAGAAGCGCGGCGCCUUCCUCAAGCGCGCGGCCGCCGGCGAGCCCGACGACGAGGACGCGGGCGGCUGCGGGGACGCGGGCCCCGGGGGCGCGGUCAACGGGCGCGGCGGGGGCUUCGCGCCGGGCGCCGAGCCCUUCCCGGGGCUGUUCCCGCGCAAGCCCGCGCCGCUGCCCAGCCCCGGGCUCAACAGCGCGGCCAAGCGCAUCAAGGUGGAGAAGGACCUGGAGCUGCCGCCCGCCGCGCUCAUCCCGUCGGAGAACGUGUACUCGCAGUGGCUCGUGGGCUACGCCGCGUCGCGCCACUUCAUGAAGGACCCGUUCCUGGGCUUCACGGACGCGCGCCAGUCGCCCUUCGCCACGUCGUCGGAGCACUCGUCCGAGAACGGCAGCCUGCGCUUCUCCACGCCGCCCGGGGACCUGCUCGACGGCGGGCUGUCGGGGCGCAGCGGCACGGCCAGCGGGGGCAGCACGCCGCACCUGGGCGGCCCCGGGCCCGGCCGGCCGAGCUCCAAGGAGGGCCGGCGCAGCGACACGUGCGAGUACUGCGGCAAGGUGUUCAAGAACUGCAGCAACCUGACGGUGCACCGGCGGAGCCACACCGGCGAGCGGCCUUACAAGUGCGAGCUGUGCAACUACGCGUGUGCGCAGAGCAGCAAGCUCACGCGCCACAUGAAGACGCACGGGCAGAUCGGCAAGGAGGUGUACCGCUGCGACAUCUGCCAGAUGCCCUUCAGCGUCUACAGCACCCUGGAGAAACACAUGAAGAAGUGGCACGGGGAGCACUUGCUGACUAACGACGUCAAAAUCGAGCAGGCCGACCGCAGCUAA